UCGAUACGUAUUCGUAGCUAGCGUAGCGUCUAGUUCAUUACUCAUUGUUCAUUACUAGUUAUUGCGAUUCAUCUUGAAUGUUGACUUAUGACAAUUUGACAAUAAAGUAGGUUUUUAAGUUUAAAUUACCGAGUUAAAGAGGUAUUAUAGUUGUUAUAGUUAUUAGUUCGUCAUUCAGCUACAAAAAUUAUUAUCAUUAUGAGUAGGUAAUAAAAGAAAAGAAGACUUAAUAUUGAGUUUUUUUCAAAAAAAAUUAAACCAUUACCUGAGUCAGAUGUUCCUUUGCCACAAAGAGAUACAUACGAGACAGUAGGGUCACAAAACCUAAUUUUAAAUAUAAAAAAUGAAUAUUGAAGAGUUCAGUAAAAUAGUUAAAUCUAUCAAUAACUUAUACGGACCUCUUCUUGAUAAUUUUGAAGAAGAAGCAAUAACUUGGUAUGAAAUAUGGCUAAAAAAACCAUGUGAUCCAAAUACACAAAUAAUUGAUUUACUAGAAGAAUCUAAAUACUAUCCUGCUGUAAAUACAGCUUUACAAAUAGCAAUUACAUUACCAGCAAUUUCCUGUUCAGUUGAAAGAACCUUUAGUGCUUUGCGUCGUAUCAAGACAUGGGUAAGAUCUACAAUGUCCAAUAUGAGGUUAAGCAGUUUGGCACUAAUUCACAUUCACAAAAAUAGAUUUGACAAUACAUUAUUUUUUGAAAAUCACAAAACUGAUGUUAUGAAUCAUUUUGGACUAAAUGUCAGACGUUUAUCAUUACUAUUUGAUUCAUAAUUUUCAUUAUUUUUUGCAUUAAAUUUUGAGUUAUGUUUACAUAAUAAUGUAAAUAUAUGUAAAAUAUAUAACAUGCAUUUCAA